UUCCCAUAACUAGAACCAUCAGCUGGAGUUCAAGAUGGCGAUCAACGAACAGCUAAUAUAGCAACUAAUCGAUCAUUAAUAUAACUAAUCUAAGUCUUUAUACUAUAAUAAGCUGUACGUGUUAUGUCAGUAUUUCCCAUCAGGUUCUUAUGCCGUCCUAAAGCAGUGGCUAUCUAACACUAGUGAUUCGAGAGAGACUGCGUGUGUUGCUUUUUAGCUUACGCCAAAUACAAAUAGUUGCUGUGAUCAGCUUUAUGAAACAGUGUGGAAUGAUUGGGAAGUUUUCAUUAGUUUGGAGGUCAACAUGUCGCUAAGAGAGUUGAAAGUAUGCCUUCUUGGGGAUACAGGGGUUGGAAAGUCAAGUAUCGUGUGGAGGUUUGUGGAGGAUAGUUUUGAUCCCAAUAUUAAUCCCACAAUUGGAGCAUCGUUUAUGACAAAGACUGUGCAGUACCACAAUGAGCUUCACAAAUUCCUCAUCUGGGACACAGCAGGACAAGAAAGGUUUCGUGCCCUGGCUCCCAUGUACUACAGAGGCUCUGCUGCGGCUAUCAUUGUGUAUGACAUCACUAAAGAGGAAUCUUUCCAGACGUUGAAGAACUGGGUGAAGGAGCUCCGCCAGCAUGGACCACCCAACAUAGUGGUGGCUAUCGCUGGCAACAAAUGCGAUCUCUCCGAUUCCAGAGAGGUGUCAGAGAAGGACGCCAAGGACUAUGCUGAUUCCAUUCAUGCCAUAUUUGUUGAAACCAGUGCCAAAAAUGCCAUUAACAUCAAUGAGGUCUUCAUUCAGAUAAGUCAAAGGAUCCCAGUUUUAGACACGGAUGGCGGGUCUGCAGUCAAGGGCUUCAAACUUCGUCGCCAACCAUCAGAGUCGACCAGGGAACGCAGUUGCUGUUGACACAACAAUUUGGCCAGAUCCUUGUUUUAUCUUCAAUUAAUAACCAAGGAUAAUAGCAGAUGAAGAAUGUGAUGUCAUAGGGGGAGUUACGUAACUUCCUUUUGGAGCCCAAAAAAGAUUAAAAAUUAGAUGUAUAGUUUGAAUCCCUUUGCACUUCCUUGAGAAAAGAUGAAAUUGUCCCCAUAUACAGUCGUUGUACCUUCUGUUCUUCAGCCCCGUUCAAAUGUCUUUGGGGAUCCAUUUCUGUUCUAGAUCACUAGCUAGAAUCAGACAGCAAAGAAAACACCUGUUUAACAGAUCAGAUACUGUCCUGUCCUGCUCUCUUUCUCUCUCGGUCAUUCUAAUCUCUGUGCAAAAACCUCUGUGAAGUUUCCGAGUGAAGCCGUUGUCUGUCCAUCUGUACAUUUUAAGAUUUUCAGCACUCCAAAUGCAAGCAACACAGCUUUCUUGUUUCACUAUUUUUGCACAUUUUUGAUGUAUAUGAUAAAAAAACAAUUAUAAAAAAUAUGAAUGGGUGAAUCUCAUGAAAGCUGUCAUAUUCAUGUCUUAUUUGGGUCAAAUCAAGUGAAAAAAAGUGAAAUUAUAUUUCGCAUAAAGUAAAGGUCAAGUCCAUUCUUAGGGCUAUUACGAUAGUUUUUAAAAUUACAAUAUUUUUUUACCAUAAAACAGUAAUUAAUGUUGCUGUAUUACAUUACAUUACAUUACAUUACCCAUAAAUACAGUAUGUAAAAGUGCUUAAUUGUUCUGAAAUAAUGUAAAAAUGAAAAAAGUCGUGUUUUUGUGAGAUUGACCCAAACACAAAUUUACUAUUAUAAAUAUUAAGCUAUGUUUGUUAUUUGUUGCUCAGGACCAGACAUGAGGCACUUCUGUCUUUCCUAUAUUUUAUAUAUGAAAAAAUAAAAUCGGUGGUAGUACUAAAAGUAUAAAUCGAAAUUUCUCUGGGAUUGUUUUGGUUAGCAAGAGUUGUCUGAGCCAUAGCUAGCAGCCCUAUCUUGAGAUAAGUUUAUAAGUAAAAUAUGAAGAAUGUGCCAAAUCUUUUUUGUGACAUAUUAGGAGUUGCAUCUUGUAGUAGCAGUUCAAUAGGUCAGUGAUGGUGAUGAUGGCAGCAUGUGUGAGUUCAACAAAAUCUUCUGCGUAUUUAAUCUGUUUGCGAGUGGAGAUAACAGAAGUAACAGUCUUCGCUCCAAUUAGCUACAUUCUGGGUUGCCACAUUCUUAUCUACAGCCUUUUCUAGUAUUAUCAAGCAUUUAAAAUGGACUUUUAUGUUUGCUGGUAAAUGUCUGACCAUUGUUACCACUUACAGUGUAAAAUUGUAGCGUUAGAGAAGUUCAGCCCUCACACUUUGAGAUAAAGUUGGCCAGCCUUCUAGAACGUUGACAAGAAUAGCAGGUUCAAAGUGUUAGAUUUGAUAACUUUUCCCACUGUUCACAUGUUUUCCAUAUCAGAAAUGUAUUGUUAGUGGGAAGGUGCCAAAUGCUGGAAUUCUGUUCAUGAAGUUGUGCGAUUUAGGCUUUAAUCCAGGACUUUGUGAAGUGUACAUUAUGCCCGAAUACUUUCUGAAAUUGCAUUUUAACCAUUUGUGUUAAUUGGCAGUUGAUCUCUUCGAAAACCCUGCUGUUUUUUAUUUGCUGGCCUGCACAUCCAACAUGUUUUUUUACUAUCUGGACAGGGAGAAAAAAAGAAGCAUAUGUGGAAACUAGACUUGGUUCAGAUGUUGAAGAACAACAAGUAAAAGCUCUAACGUCAGUUUUGAUGAAGAAAUGCACUUAAUUUGACAGAAAAAGUCUUCUGAGAAACUUACAUUUAAAAGAUUUGGAUUAAUGUACACACUAUUCGUUCAAGACCAUUAUGUGAUUGAGUGGCUCUUUUUCUUUACAUCAUGUAGAAUUCACAUUGAGGCUUAUUCAACCAACAUUUAACUCUAUCUUUGACAAUUGUGUCUUAUAUGUGAAUAUAGAACAAAUAUGUUAUGAUUCCUUAACUGCAUAUCCACAGUGACAAAGUUUUAGGGAUAAAAUGUGGUUAAAAUGUGUUUCAUCUACAUGCAAAUCAGUAUAACACGUGACAGCAUCUCUGACAUUUUUAGAAGUUAGUAUGUGGCUUCUGUAGUUUGUCUUAUGAUGGUACUUUAAAAGUUUGUCACGAAUAUUACUACAUAUGGUUUUGACACUUUAUAUUGUUAUAAAGGAGUCAUAGAAUGUGUUUAGUGAAUCAGAAUGAAUAUUAUGGGCAUUGUCAAAGCCUUGAGUUUCAUUUCCCGUCCUUUAUCCUGUAAUUUUUUUUUGCAUUAAUGCCAAUGCACCAUGAUGUUGUCAAGAAUUCACAAGUGCAAUAAUAAUGCGUUUUCCCUCCAAAAUGUGUGCUGUCAGUACUAAUACCAGAGAGAUUUAUAGACUUAUUACAAUAAUUGUAGUUAAUCCAUGAGUUUUAGCACAACAAUAUUUUCCUUUAGAAGGCAGUGCUUGUUAAAUGGAAAAAAGGGAUUACUUGGGACAAUACUUAAAGGAAAAAUCACGCUUUUUCAGAAUUGCCAUGUGUGUUUUGCCCUAGUUCAAAUUACUUGAAAAUUUGCAGUCCUAAUCCAUUACUAUUGAUGCUUACACAGAGAAAACCAUUCAAAUUGAUUCUUCAAAUGACUGUAAUUUACCUUAACGCUAAGUAAAAGUGUCUUUCACUCAAAACCAGAAUCGUAAACUUUUUCUAUUUGUUUUCUGUCAUGUCAAACUAAUUGGAGAAGGAAACGAAUCUAAUGUCAUUACAAUGUAAGGAAAUGCAUUACUAGCUUUAAAUGUUGUUGAGUAACCAUUUUUUUUUGUCUUGUACAAAGCCUGUGAUCCACAGCUAGACCAAACGUCUCAUUUAGUCCAGUUGAAGUUCUUCUUAGCCAAUUGAAAAGGACUUGCUGAAUUGCUUGUCCUCUUGCUAGGGAGCACAGGCUUUGCAUUAAUGAUUUUGAAUGGAACAUCAUGCUGCACUUGAGUCAGACAGUAUAAUAUGCUGUUUGGUGUGAUUUGCAGUGGUGUUUAGGUUGAAGAACAAUUGCAACAGUCUUGGGCUGGCCCUAAGAAAGUUGUGAAAUUCUGCUUAUGUACUUUACAUCCUUGUAUAUAACCACACAUUGGAUGAAUUGUGUAAAUUAAUUGACAUGUAGUCUUUCAGGAAAUGUCUUACUUUACCACUACUUACCAUUGUAAUUCAGUAUAUACUAAUCGUUAAGUGUUUUUGCAAUUUAGCUUUUCUCUUUUGUUAUUUUGUCAUGCAAAGAAGGCUUGAAAAUAACAUAUUAUUUGUUCAUUUGUGAAUGUGCUAAAGGGAAAUGUUGAGCUCUUUAUUAGUAAUAAAAGUAUACAACAUCAGUUUUUAAUUUUUAUUAAUGUUAUGUAAUCGACAUGCACAUUGAGGUUUACUGGGUUAUAUCUCGCCUGAGACAAGUUACUAAUUAUUCUAGUUAAAAAUAAAAUUAAAAAAUGUCU